ACAGGUUCUUUUUCCAGGCAUAAUGUGUCCGGGACCUCAAGAUGGGAAGGGCACUGGCCUGGUAGAGAAUCCCUUGGUGGCAGCAGCUGCGGGCUUGUAUGCGGAAACCGAGCAGCCAGACAAGGACGAAGGAGUAUGGGAUUUUUUCCGUUCGUACACUGACGAGCCCCAUAAGUCACGGUCAUGGCCGCCGUGGUCCUUCGCCACCGCCCCCUUUCCCCUCCUCCUUUUUCUCACCUACACCCUCUCGGGCUCCUGCAACCAUUUCUUGACCUUGAUCAUGCACGAGGUCGCGCAUAAUUUGGCAUUCAAGCGUCUUUUUGCCAAUCGGGUCUUCUCCAUCAUUGUCAACCUGCCUUUGGGGAUACCGGCAGCCAUCUCCUUUAAGCGCUACCACAUGGAGCAUCACAAGUAUCAAGGCGAUGAGACAGUGGACGUGGAUCUCCCCACGGAUGUUGAAGGCAAACUCUUCCGCGGAGGACCUCUCAAGCUCCUCUUUGUUUUCCUCAUGCCUGCCUUCUACUCACUCCGUCCCCUCUUCGUCCGCCCAAAGAAGCCCAGCAACUGGGAAUUGGUGAACGUGCUUGCGCAGCUGACCUUCGAUGCCCUGAUUUUUUAUAUCCUGGGCUGGAAGUCACUUUUCUAUCUUGUUGUCGGCACUCUUCUAGGCAUGGGGGUGCACCCCAUGGCGGGGCAUUUCAUCGCCGAACACUUCGUUUACCAAGCCGGGCAGGAGACGUACUCGUACUAUGGCCCUUUGAACUGGCUCUCCUUGAACGUGGGCUAUCACAACGAACACCACGAUUUCCCCAAUAUCCCCGGCACCCGUCUCCACCAAGUCCGUCGUCUGGCUCCUGAGUUCUACAUGCCGCUACCGCACUACUACUCAUGGAGCAAGGUCAUAUGGGAUUUUGUCACAGACCCCGCUGUGACCCCUUUCAACCGUGUGAAACGGAACAAUCUUUCAGAGGCUGACAGAAUGGCAUUGGCAGCUCGGGAUUAAGCUGGUGCAACGCAAAUUUUGAAUUAAAGGGUAGAUACAAUGCAAGGAGAAAUGACACGCACACUAGAUCCGACCUACUUCUAUAUUGCCUUUCGGUAUUGGAAAAGUGGCACUUAUAUGCCGGUUAUAAAGCAACAUGAACCAUAUAGAGAAAGG